AUGCAAUCUAUACCACCUAUCAAACGCGCGUGGUGGCGGGAGGCCUCAGUCUAUCAAAUUUACCCUGCCUCAUUCAAGGACAGCAAUGGGGACGGACUGGGCGAUAUCCCGGGAAUCAUCUCUGAGCUCGAAUACAUCAAAAAAUUGGGUGUCGACAUCGUAUGGCUAUCUCCAGUCCUACAGUCUCCCCAGGUUGACAUGGGUUACGACGUUUCCGACUACAAGAAAAUAUACCCACCGUACGGAACGAUGGCGGACCAUGAUGCCCUCAUCAAGGGUCUCCAUGACCGUGGGAUGAAGUACGUAAUGGAUCUGGUCGUGAAUCAUACCUCAGAUCAACAUCCUUGGUUCAAGGCAUCUCGGUCUUCAAAAACAAGCAGUUAUCGAGAUUGGUACAUCUGGAGACCUGCUCGCAGGCAUGCUCAGACAGGCGAACGCAUGCCACCAAACAAUUGGGAGUCUUUCUUCAGUCGCAGCGCGUGGACCUGGGAUGAGACAACACAGGAAUAUUAUCUUCACCUCUGGGCGUCCGGACAACCUGACUUGAACUGGGAAAAUCCGCAGGUUGUUGAGGCGGUGCAUGACGUGAUACGCUUUUGGUUGAAUCGUGGCGUUGACGGGUUUCGAAUGGACGUCAUCAACUACAUCUCCAAAGAGCCUGGACUGCCCAACGCCAAGGUCAGAAAGCCAGGAUUUGUGCAGAAAGCUGCUGAACAUUUUUCUUGUGGGCCCCGAUUGCACGAGUACUUGCAGGACAUUGGAAAAAUUCUCAAGGAAUAUGACGCAUUUAGCGUCGGCGAAAUGCCAGACGCUGAGCCUGAGGACAUUUUGAAAGCCGUCGGUCAAGAACGGGGAGAGUUGGCGAUGGCAUUUCAGUUUGAGAUAGACUCCAUUGAUGUCGGUCCCAGUGGAAGAUUUGAACAAGGAACGUUCAGCCCAACGGUCCUAAAGAAAAUCGUUAACAAAUGGCAAACUUUUAUGCUUUCUAACUCAGGAUGGAAUGCGCUAUUCAUGGAGAACCACGACAUGGGUCGUACUGUCAGCCGUUACGCAUCUGACACUCCGGCCCUGCGGACAUUAUCGGCGAAAAUGCUGGCAAAUCACCUCGCAUUCCAAUCCGGGACAGUUUUCCUGUAUCAGGGUCAAGAGUUAGCUAUGGCAAACCUUCCCCGCGAGUGGGGUAUGGACAAGUACAAAGAUAUAGAGUGUUUAAAUCACUGGGAAACUGUUCUCGAAAACUACCCGGGCGAUUUACUGAAGCAGCAAAUGUAUCGCGAAAGGUACCGAUUAGUUGGACGGGACAAUACUCGCACACCAAUGCAGUGGAAUUCCCAAUAUCCACAUGCAGGUUUCAUGCCCACGAAUUCUGACAACACUGUGCCAUGGAUGCCUAUCCACCCUGACUAUCCCGCCUGGAAUGUUGCCAAUGCGGUGGCAGAUCCAGGGUCCAGUUUCCACCACUGGCGGAAGGCAUUGAAGCUGCGAAAGCAUCACAUGGACAUUUUUGUUUAUGGUGUCUUCGAAAUGCUGAAUAUAGACGUUGAAGAGAAUGUUAUCGCAUACAUCCGUGCUGUGACGGAGCCCAGUCAGGCACUCAUCGUAGCUAGCUUCAGUGCUGAAGAGAUCUGGUGGAAAAUCCCUCAAAGGGCGAGACAUUUCUUGCUUGAUCUAUCGACGGAUACAACCAUAUGCAACAGCAAUGCCAUUGUAAGUGAGCUAGGUAAUUAUGCGAGCCGGAACGAUAUAAGGCUCGUAGGUGGACGCUGGGAAAAAAUCAGAUUAAGGCCGUAUGAGACUUUAGUUGCUAUGGUCUAG